UAAUACUAAUUUCAGAAAGAAAUGUCCGCUUGAUAAAUUCCGAAGAAGAAGUUCCGGAAUUGAAAACCAGAAAAAUGAAAAGAAAUAAUUUUAUUUCCUUUCUCUUCCUCUUCUCUCUCCUGCACAACAGAGCAAGCACUGAGGCCUCUCCAGUAGCAAGCCAGGACACAGAGAACCAUGUAGACCCACAACAGUUCCUAGUUGAUGAUACUGACCAUGCUCUGGUGUGUGAGGAAGAAAUGAUGAUGCAUUCAGAAGAUUGUGAAGAGGUGGAGGAAGAGGAGUGUGGUAGAUGUGACCCUGUGACCGAGGAGAAGUGUAGUAUGGAGCUGGAGGUCAGCUUUGCUCCGGUCAAGGUCAAGGAGUGCAAGAAAAUUCACAGCUGUCCUCCUGGAGUAAAUCAGAAAUGUGUUACAAAGUAUAGAAAGGAGUGUAGUCAGCAGAAGAUGAUAAAAGAGAAAGAAAUUGAUUUCCCAAUGUGUGGAAUAAUUAUGGUUCAAAACUGCACCAGUUGUGUGGGGUGUACAGAAGAACAGCACUGCAGCGAGGUUCCCGUCAUGAAAUGCCACAUGGAGAAGAAAAUGUCUGAAAAGGAGGUUGAGGAACCAGUCUGUAGAAGUGUUCCAGAAGAAAAUUGUGAAGAUUGUGAAAAGUGUUAUCAAACUGUCCGACUGAAGCGAGUUAUCCAACCCAAACAGACAUGCAGGCUUAUUGAGAGCAUAGUUUGUGACAAUCAAACUAAUCAUCAACAGAAUAAUACUGAUAACAGUAGAGACAGUAGUGCAAUCAAUUUCCCCAAUGAAGAUCCUCCUGCAAUAUACAGUACAACCAGUGCAGUACACUUGAACAGUACAACCAGUGUAGUACACUUGAACAGUACAACCAGUGUACCCUGUAGAACAGUUAAAAGAACCAUAUGUAAACCUAGAUCUAAGAUUUUGAUUAAGAAACUAUGUUCUAGAGAAUAUGACUGGAUGCUGCAUCAGAUUCCGUAGUCUUGGGAGCCAGGGAUCAAAUUUAAUGAACAGUGAGAAUAAGUAACUACUUAGUGAGCGCCGGUUCAAGUUCAAGAGAAGUUGUUCAACUCAUUCUACGUAGUUUCACUACUUUUCGUUAUUCAUUAAAUUCACUGAUCAAUUAAAGUUUCAAUAUCCUCAAAAAAAAAGGUUUUCAGACCUGCGUAUUUUUAGCCAUAAAAACAUCUUUUGUAACUAAAACUUAUGCACAAAUCUUGAAUUGAUUCAUUCAGUUAUAUAUGUAUACAGUUGUACAAUUGUAAGUCAUUUUGUAUUAUGGUUCAUUAACUAAGAACUAAGAAGCAAGUACUGUACUGCAAUAGAAUCCAGUAUUUCUAACUUUACCAAAUUAUUAAAAUAUUGUGACAUGUAACCUUAAAAGGGCAUUGUACUUUUAUGUAUAAUUUUAAUUUCUUAAUGUACUGUGAUAGUUAAAAUAUAAAGGGCAUUAUGUGAUCAAUUAUGAAUUGGAAGUUCUUCUUAAUAUAUUGUAAGAUUAUUUCAAAAUAUAUUCUUUUAAGAUAUUGCAAUAAACCAACAAAAAUGA